GACAGGCUGAUCGUGAGCAAAAAGGAGCGCAUGCUGGUGAAGGGCUCCGGCUUCCAUCUGGACCUGCUCCUUAUCGUGGCGCUGGGCGGCACCUCGGCGCUGUUCGGCCUGCCGUGGAUGGCGGCCGCCACCGUGCGCUCGGUGACGCACGUCAACGCCCUCACCGUCAUGAGCAAAGCCGUGGCCCCGGGAGACAAGCCUCGCAUCCAGGAGGUCAAGGAGCAGCGGGUCACGGGGCUCCUGGUGUCCGUCAUGGUCGGCAUGUCCAUCGUGAUCGGAGACCUCCUGCGUAAGAUCCCCCUGGCCGUGCUGUUCGGGAUCUUCCUCUACAUGGGCGUGAUGUCGCUCAACGGCAUCCAGCUGAGCGAGCGCAUAAUGCUGCUGCUCAUGCCCCCAAAAUACCACCCCGACCACAGCUACGUCCGCAAGGUCCGAACGCUGCGCAUGCAUCUGUUCACCUGCAUUCAAAUGGUGUGCCUGGCCGUGCUGUGGGCCGUCAUGUCCACGCAGGCAUCGCUGGCCUUCCCCUUUGUGCUCAUCCUCACCGUGCCCGUCAAAAUGUUCCUGUUGCCACGCAUCUUCACCUCCCGCGAGAUGAUCUGCGUAUGUAGCCUUACCUCGCAAUUUUAAUUGGUGUAUUUUUUU